GCCCCCCCUCCUCAACCUUCUCAAUCAUACAAACCCACAACUUAAUUAGCUCCCCCAAACAAUCUCUCCCCUCACUCCUCUUCCUCAUCUUAAAGGCUCGGCCGAGAAGAUGAAUAGGAAGCCAGGAGACUGGAACUGCAUGUCGUGCAAUCACCUCAACUUCAGCCGCCGCGACUCCUGCCAGCGCUGCCACGAGCAGCGGCCCCCGGCAGCCAGCGGUGCCAACUCCUCCUUCGGAUUCGGCAGCGGCGGCGGCUACGCACCGCGCACUCGUGCGCGCGCCGGGUGGAAGUUCGGCGACUGGAUUUGCACUAGGCCGGGUUGCAACAAACACAACUUCGCUAGCAGGACGGAGUGCUUCGGAUGCAAUGCACCUCGCGAACCUGUGGCAGGUAAAGAAACCUGAAAGUGAUUUGGGCCACAAGAGAUGAGAAUGGCCACGAGGGAGAUGUGAUGACAUAAUAUUCUCGUAUAUGGUACACGUGAUAUGAUAAAUAUGUAAUAGCAGUCAUAUACGAAGCAAUAAAUGACUAAUUUUGCCUA